UCAACUAGCAGCUGUCAGAAUUUGUUAGUUGGGAUAUAAGUCAUGGGAAGGAAGCUAGCUGUACUUGAUCUCAAGAAUUUCGCUUGAAGAGGUCUCAUUCUUCCUCGUUGUUGAAAGUUACUUCCGAAUAUAUAUUCAGCUGUGGUUUCCCCGAGAGACCUGGACUUGAGUACCUCCACCUAAUUUCAAGAUGGAUAAGAAUUUACGUAUUGUGAUCGUGGGAGCGGGGAUGGGAGGUCUUGCAACCGCUCUCGCACUAGCAAAGAAAGGCUUCACGGACAUCUCAGUCUUCGAGACAGCCUCGAAUCUCGGGUUUGUGGGUGCAGGGAUCCAACUUGCUCCAAACAUGGCCAGAAUCCUAGACCGGCUCGGCUGCUGGAAAGACAUCGAAGCUGAAGCCGUCGAUAUCAAAACGACGAGCAUCAGACAGGGAUCCACGGAUGGCGAGCUCGGAAACGUAGACCUUCGAUAUAUUAGAGAAACGUACGGUUACCCCCAUAUGGUGGGCCACCGCUCCUCCCUAGCAGGCUCCCUCUACGAAGGCUGCAAGAAAGAAAAGGCCAUCACUGUGCACUUCUCCACCGCCGCCUUGGGCGUAGAAUCCUGGGGUCCAGAGCCAAUUUUGAAAGUCCAGCCUCGGAAUGGCGAAGCGUAUACCGUGGAAGCGGACGUUCUGCUCGCUGCCGACGGCCUGAAGAGCGUGGUUCGAGACCAGAUGCUUAAGGACCUGAACAUCAAUGCCAAAGUCAUGGACACCGAGCAGGCGGCGUAUCGAAUCAUGCUUAAGAGGGAAGAGAUGGCCCACGAUCCGGAACUUCUCGAGUUGAUUGAUGCGGAUCGAGUCAUUCGCUGGAUUGGCGAGAAGAGACAUAUCAUCGCGUACCCGGUGUCUAAUAAGCAGAUUUAUAAUCUCUCUACGACUCAAGUGGAUAAGAAUUUCGCUUCUGCGCCGUCCGCGACGUAUACGACCAAGGGAGACAAGUCUAUCAUGCUGGCUACUUUCGACGAUUUCUGCCCUAUGAUCCAUAGGAUGCUGAGCUUGGUUCCCGAUGGAGAGGUUUGCGAGUGGAAACUCAGAGUCCACUCCCCGCUUCCGACUUGGGUACACGGUUCAGUAGCCCUCGUUGGCGAUUCCUGUCACCCCACGCUUCCUCACUUGGCACAAGGAGCCGCACAAGCAAUCGAAGAUGCAGCAGUCCUGGGCGUUGUGCUCUCACGCUGUCCGGAUUCAUCUCCAGAGAGUAUCAACAAGGCACUCCAGGUGUAUCAGAAAGUGAGAAAAGAGAGAGCAGAGAUGUUGGUCGAGCUUGCUGCGGCGUCGGGGCGAGCGCUACAUCUUGGAGAUGGAGCCGCGAAGGCGGAGAGGGAUAAGCAAUUCGCCUUGCUUAAGGAGAAGAAAGGCGCGGUGCCCGAUAAGUGGGCGGAUGCUGAUGUUCAGAAGCAGAUUUAUGGGCAUGAUUGUAUGAAGGUUGCGGAGGAGGGUUUUGAUGAGCUUUUUGCGAGUGUUUGAUUUGUGUAUUGAGCCUCGUAUGUUAUAACUUCUUCUCCAUGCCACCCUGUUCCAUUGCUAGCGUCUCUCUGUGAUGCAACUCCUGUGCAAUCAGGAGCGCCGCGAAGUCGAUUGUAUAGCCU